AUGGCGGCGGCGCAAGGUGACGAGCCUGUGGUUGUCAAGAUGCCAGUGCACGCCCCGCCGCUAUGCAAGACGGUGCCGUACUACCGCCAGGACUACAAGCACAUUUCUUGGUUCCGCCGUGUGUACUGGGUCCUUUGCUUGGCAGUGGCCUACGGCGGCCUUUUCUUUCCAUGGCUCGGCCUUGUCCUGGUGCCCAUCAUGUCAGGUCUCACUCUGUUGGGCUUCUUUCGGGGCCGUGAGUGGUGCGGUAACUUCUGCGAUCGUGGCGCUCUCAUGGACGGCCCCCUCCGCAUGAUCCAUGCGAAGCUCUUCGCGCUGCCCUUGAUCCGAAGGGCCCCCGACACCGUGGGCCAAAUCCCGGAGGUGCUCAAACACCCGGCAGUCAGGUUGCUGGUCUUCGCCAUCCUCAUUACGUUCUUCGUGUCUCGCGUGAUCAUGGCGUGUGUGGAAUGCCAGGAUUUCGAAGGCCCGGACUUCUGGAAGAAGAUCGCAAUGAUUGGCUCGCGGAUGUGGCUAAUUUCUGUUUCGAUGGUCAUCGGCAUGGGGAUUCUUUUCGGCCCGCGCUCAUUCUGCUACGUGUGCCCAAUGGGAACCUGGCAAAUUGCGAUGCACUGGAUCCAUCACAAGAUCUUCGGCAAGAACUCGAACAAGUGUGAACCCCUAAUCACACUGGUUGAUCCAGAUGCUUGUCUCAAAUGCGGGCAGUGCACACGAGUGUGCCCUAUGCAGCUGGACGUUCACAACGAGUUUGACGAGAUGGGCCAGCUGCGCAACGUAGACUGCAUCAAGUGCGGCUCCUGUGUGUGGUAUUGCGCCCAACAGAUCCUCGAGUUCCGUGCGCCCAACGUCAACGAGCACCCGAACCCACGCAGCUCCCCGAAUGUGCCAGCUCCUGCGAAGCAGGCCACGCUGGUGGACAUCGAGGAUUUGAGUGGCGACACCCGGAAGUUUAAAUUCCGAACGCUCGACGGGCAGGGCCUGGCAGGUGGCAAGGCAGGUCAGUAUGCGCUGGUACAGGUGGACCAGAAGCGCAACGUCUACCGCGGGUAUACCAUUUCCUCAGCUGACCCCUCGAAGGAGCCCCUCGAGGUCACUGUGAAAUUGGACAAGAAGGGCUAUGGGACUCCUCGUCUCUUCAACUUGCAGCCGGGCGCUGGCGUGAUGGUCGUGCCCAACCUGGGCGAAGACUUCAUUCCAACAGAGGAGAAGGUCAAGGACCAUGUCCUCUUGAUGGCCAGCGGGGUUGGGAUUACGCCCUUCCGAUCCAUCGCGCACGAGCUUUUGGAGCGGCGAGGGCACGCCGGCAAAGUGCACCUACUCUACUCGGUGCACGGUGAGGAGGACGUCGUGUACGCAGACGAGUGGGAAGACCUUGCGGCAAAGUACCCGAACUUUGAGGUCACCAUCCUCACGCGGCACCCGCCGGCACAGAACGCCAAGUACGAGAGGGGCAACGUGUGGGAGCGCAUCCCCAAGCUGGGGGACCCCGACCGCAGCUGCGCCUUCCUUUGCGGUACCAGCACCAUGGUGAAGAAGUCCGUGGCUGCCCUGCAGGAUGCAGGCAUGCCGAGAGAGAACAUCAUCGUGGAGAACUUUGCAAAGCAGCACAGCAGGAAGGUCGGCAUCGCGUACCAACGCGACGCACCAGUUUGGCUCCGGUGCAACCCCAAGUACAGAACGAAGGUCGAAUGA